AUUAUUUGAUUGGUGAUGUCGAUAAAAAUAAAUUGAGAGGAGAAAAUAAUAAUAACAAAAAAAAUCUUGUACGUCAUCACAAUAAAUACAUAUUUUAUUCAGUUGUCAACAUCUGCAGGCUACACACGUGGUUUAUUAAUUUAUACAAUAACAACUGAGUAAAAUGACAGAGAGAAUAAAAAAUAAGCCACUUGGUGCAGAAUUUGUCUUGGGAGCGGCGUCAGCAGUCGGGGCUGGAAUUUUCACCAACCCGAUAGAUGUAAUUAAAAUAAGACUUCAACUUCAAGGAGAGUUAGAAGCCCGAGGAUCUUAUAAAAAGUAUUACAAAAACACCUUUCAUGCCGGAUACAUGAUAGUAAAGCACGAAGGGAUUCGAGGAUUGCAGUCAGGAAUAGCUUCAGCUCUGGCGUUUCAAGUUGUCCUCAAUGGCAUUAGAUUAGGGUCGUACAAAAUAUCGCGUACUUAUGGAAUCACUGUAAACGAGGAUGGACAGACGGAUAUCGUGAGCACCGCGUUAGUCAGUGGAUUAGCAGGGUGCGUUGGUGCCGUUUUAGGAAGUCCAUUUUACUUGGUAAAGACACAGAUACAAGCUCAGACAGCUGAAACGUCAAUAGCUGUUGGGUUUCAACACGGUCAUGCAAGUGAAUGGUCAGCGUUUCAGUCACUUUGGAGAGAAGCUGGAUUAGCUGGACUUUAUCAACGAUGGUACGCAAAUAUUCCUCGGGUAUUUGUUGGAUCUGCUACUCAGUUAACAGCAUUUAGUUUAGUUGGGGAUUGGCUCAAAACUUUUAGUAUAUUUAAUGGACAUCCUUUGAUGUUAACAUUUUGCUCAGCAGUUAUUGGCGGUAGUUCGGUUGCACUGACAAUGCAACCUUUUGAUGUAGUCGCUACGAGACUUUAUAAUCAAGGUUCCGAUUCUAAAGGACAAGGAAUAUUGUAUAAAAAUUUUUUAGAUGCAAUAAUUAAAAUAAGUCGCACUGAAGGAUUAUAUGGAUUAUAUAAAGGAACGUUUCCUACGUGGAUGAGGAUUGCUCCACAUACUGUCUUGUGUUUAUGUUUUUAUGAACAUCUAGAGAGGUUUUAUGAUGAGCUAAUCGCUAAAAAAAGUAUACCUUUACUCACUGAAAAACUUUAGUUUACUAUAAAUCUUUAGUUUUAUUCAGGGAUUAAAUUAUUUAUAAUAUUUAAUAAUAGAAAUAGAAAAGAGUAUUUAAUAAUUAAUUUAUUUAUUUCAAUUUACCAGUAAAAGUAA